AUGGCAGCCUCCUUCACCCGCCUCAUCAAAACCCAAGUACGGAGCUACUCCGCACCAGCCGACAUGGCCAUCCCAGCCUCGAAGCAGCGCUACAUCCCCACAACUGGCACCUACCCACAAGGCUUCUUGGUCUCCGGCACUCACGUCGGCGUCAAGGCAUCCAACACCCGCUUCCCGGACCUGGCGCUCAUUGCCUCCGAGACGCCCUGUUCCGCUGCGGCGGUGUUCACUACCAACAAGUUCCAGGCGGCGCCGGUGCAGGUUAGUCGGGAGACGCUGCGCAGUCGGAAGGGAGAGGGCAUCAGGGCUGUGGUUAUCAAUUCUGGGUGCGCGAAUGCGGUUACAGGGAAGGGAGGGUUGGAGGAUGCGGUCUCGAUGGGGAGGAAGGUGGAUGAGUGUAGUGGGGUUGAAGGAGAUAGUUCGUUGGUGAUGAGUACGGGCGUCAUUGGACAGCGACUCCCCAUCUCCAAGAUCCUGGACCGCAUCCCCACAGCCCACGCCAACCUCGCCUCCACCCACGAGGCCUGGCUGACCACCGCGCGCGCCAUCUGCACAACAGACACCUUCCCGAAGCUGGUCUCGCGCACGUUCACGCUCCCCUCCGCGCCAGAGCGCACCUACCGCCUAGCAGGCAUGACCAAAGGCGCAGGGAUGAUCCACCCGAACAUGGCCACUUUGCUAGGCGUGCUCUGCACUGACGCAGCCGUCUCGCCCACGGCACUGCAGUCCCUCCUGAAACAUGCAGUCUCGCGCUCCUUCAACUCGAUCUCCAUCGACGGCGAUACGAGCACGAACGACACCGUCGCCGUGCUAGCCAACGGCGCUGCCGGCGGCAAGACCGUCCAAGCACCCGCAUCACCCUCUGCACAACCAAGCGCCGACUACAGCGCCCUCCAGGAAGUAUUCACCUCCUUCGCACAAGAACUCUCCCAACUCGUCGUCCGCGACGGUGAAGGCGCGACCAAGUUCGUAACCGUGCGCGUGCGCAACAGCCCAGACUACGACUCCGCUCGCGCAAUCGCCUCCACCAUCGCCCGCAGCCCGCUUGUCAAAACAGCGCUGUACGGCCGCGACGCCAACUGGGGCCGGAUUCUGUGCGCGGUUGGAUACACGCAGGGCGUGCGCGAUGGGGUUGUCGUGCCUGAGCGGACGUCUGUUAGUUUCCGGCCUGUUGAUGGCAGUCCUCCGCUCCGGUUGCUGGUUGGUGGGGAGCCUGAGGUGGUGGAUGAGGAGCGCGCGAGUGCUAUUCUCCAGAAUGAGGACUUGGAGAUCGAGGUUGAUCUUGGUGGGGGGAGAUGGGUGCUGCUGGGUGUGGUGGCGAGGAUGCGGUCUAUUGGUUUUGUGAUUUCAGUCAUGAAUAUGUGA